CACACCGUAGAUCUUUCCGCUCGCCUGCAGGCGCUCCUCUUCUGCGCCUGUCAUAUGAUCAGCUUCCCGUUUGUUUGUGUUCAUGCAGCAAGCUAACUGCUUCCCACUAUGAAACCUCCUCAUCUGUGUCCAAACUGAACUUGUAAUCCACACCGAUCCCACCUCAAUAACCCAAACAGCCUACAGAGUCCACACAGACAGAUCAGAGGGAUUUAAAGCUUUAAAAACAGGGUUAUAAUGUCGAUGGAGUACGAGGAGCAGCUAGCCGGAAGCCUGGUGGACUCUUUCCCUAAAGAUUUCGGCUACGGCGUGGAAAACAUGGAUAUGAUGCAGGAAAACCUGGAAAACUCGCCGUCUGCAGACAAUAAACCCAGAAUCCUGCUGAUGGGACUGAGGCGCAGCGGGAAAUCCUCCAUCCAGAAGGUGGUGUUUCAUAAGAUGUCCCCGAAUGAGACGCUCUUCCUGGAGAGCACCAACAAGAUCUACAAGGACGACAUCUCUGGCAGUUCCUUCGUGAACUUUCACAUAUGGGACUUUCCGGGGCAGGUGGACUUUUUCGACCCCACAUUCGAUUACGAGAUGAUUUUCAGGGGCACCGGCGCGUUGAUUUUCGUCAUUGAUGCUCAGGAUGACUAUGUAGAAGCAUUAGGCCGGCUACAUCUGACAGUGUCGCGGGCAUUCAGGGUGAACCCGGAGAUCAAUUUCGAGGUGUUUAUACACAAGGUGGACGGUUUAUCAGACGAUCAUAAGAUAGAGACGCAGAGAGACAUUCAUCAGAGGGCUAAUGAUGAUCUAGCUGACGCCAGUCUGGAAAAGCUUCACCUCAGUUUCUAUCUCACCAGCAUCUAUGAUCACUCCAUAUUUGAGGCCUUCAGUAAGGUGGUCCAGAAACUCAUCCCUCAACUGCCCACUCUGGAAAACCUCCUCAACAUAUUCAUUUCUAAUUCUGGGAUUGAGAAAGCGUUCCUGUUCGAUGUGGUCAGUAAAAUCUACAUCGCCACAGACAGCUCUCCAGUGGACAUGCAGUCGUACGAGCUCUGCUGUGACAUGAUCGAUGUCGUCAUUGACGUUUCAUGUAUUUACGGCCUAAAAGACGACGGCAAUGGUAACGCUUAUGAUAAAGAGUCUCUGGCCAUCAUAAAGUUGAACAACACCACAGUGCUUUACCUGAAGGAGGUCACCAAGUUCCUGGCUCUGGUCUGCAUCCUGAGAGAAGAGAGCUUUGAGAGAAAAGGUUUGAUAGACUACAACUUCCACUGCUUUCGAAAGGCCAUCCACGAGGUAUUCAAGGUGAGCAGCUCCACCCAGAGGACAGGAGCGGCGGUGCAGUCCAGCCCACCCAGCAGCAGCGGCAACGGCCUGGCCCGACUCAAAUCCACAGCACUGAACGGUACACCCAGGAGCCUGGUUUAACCCAGGACACACGGACCUCUAAGAACACAGGGCCUUCACACUAGUGCGCUGAACGUGUGCCAAUGUACACGUGAGAUUACUGGAGCGUUUCUCUAGUUAUACCUGCUGUUCCAGGACCUGAGAGACACUUCAGGACACUCAUACAGGACAGACUACAUUGCUGCUUUUUUGUGAUAUUUUGAUGUGUGUGUGUGUGAGAGAUAGAGAGAGAUUGUGUGCAAGCGCAGCAUCAGCUGUUAUAGUGGGGGAAAUGGGAAAUCUUUAGUUUAGCCAACAGAAUGAGGCACAAUGAAAUGAUCUAGAAUUGUCACACUGAGGAAAUACAAUCUCAAAACCAGUGAGCUGCCUAUCAUUUUUAUAUCAUUAUGUUUAUGGUGGCCAAAAGUGUUGUCUAGGUAAGACACGCUCUCUAAGUUUCGAGGCACAACCCACUUUUCAGAGGUUUGAGGGUGAAUUUUACAACAAAAAAAAAAACAACACUUUUUCAAGUGACAUUUCACAAACCAAUCAAAAUGAAAAAUUGCUUAAAUUAUGCCUAUUUUUAGGUGCAUUAAAAUGUUUACAUUGUGAUAAAACACAUUUUACCUAAAUUCUCAUCGCCGUCAAUAAGUCAGAAAAUAUUACUAUUUUAU